AAUACUACAACACCCAUAAGACCUUGCGGGACACCGGACGUAAUUUCUGUCUUCUCUGGGUGUCAGUAACGCGGCGGCUGUCGCUGACUUGUGUGUGGAAAACUAGACUUUCUGGUCUGAAGUGAGCCACAGAGCAACAAAAAAAGGAGGCCUCAGGCUUGAAGCACACAAAGAGAUGGAGCGUUUCACAGGCGGAGGAACGUUACCAGCACUGAUCUUAGCCAGCGUGGGGGUCUUACUUCUGUAUCGCAUACUUGGCCGACUCAGAGCAGGAGCUCCACUACAGGAUGCCGUGGUGGUCAUCACGGGCGCCAGUUCCGGAUUGGGCAAAGAAUGUGCACGCGUCUUCCACAGUGCAGGGGCUCGACUGGUGCUGUGUGGUCGAGAUGCGGCUCGACUGCAGCAGGUGGUUGAGGAGCUGACCGCAAGUGCAACGGACAGAAAGCAGCAGCAGACGUACACUCCCAGGACUGUUGUCUUUGACCUGUCCAACACAGAGUCGCUGGACAGCGCUGCUGAGGAGAUCUUGAAGUGUUACGGACAAGUGGAUGUCCUCAUCAAUAAUGCCGGAAUCAGUUACCGUGGCAACAUACUGGACACUCACCUGUCAGUUCAGAGGGACGUGAUGCAAACAAAUUACUUUGGGCCUGUGGCUCUUACGCAAGCUCUCCUGCCCUCCCUGGUUCGCCGGCGCAGUGGCCAUAUUGUUGUCAUCAGCAGCGUUCAGGGCAAGAUUGCUAUUCCUUACAGAUCAGCCUAUGCGGCCUCGAAACACGCCACCCAGGCGUACUUUGAUUGCUUACGAGCAGAGGUGGAGCGCCACGGGAUUACGGUGACGGUCAUUAGUCCGGGAUACAUCAGGACAAAUCUGUCCGUCAACGCUGUCACGGGGGACGGCUCCAAGUAUGGCGUUCUGGACACGACCACGGCAACGGGUCGGGAUCCCAGGGAUGUGGCUCACGCAGUUCUGAAAGCGGUGCGUCAGAGGAGUAAAGACGUUGUUUUGGCAGGACCGUUGCCCACCGUGGCCAUCUACCUCCGCACGCUGUGGCCCGCCCUCUUCUUUAAACUCAUGUCCUCUCGUGCGCGCAAGGAGCACAAACCCAAAAGUACUUGAGAGGCCGCAUGGACAAAUAAGGACACGAGGGGUUUGUAGGGUAUGAAUUACACCAGGACUAGAAAUAAAUACUCUGUUUGUAUUACUUGGCGGAUGACAGAUGUUUCUGGAAGUAAAUAUUUAUCCCCACAUUCACAUUUCUCAAUGCUGACCUGGAAAUGCAGUCACAGUGUAGGAGCUAUAUUCACUUUUGAGUCUCACAACAGCCGUGGUGCAUUCGAGGACUGCCAAAUAAAGUGUGAAAUAUCAACGCUUGACAAAAAACAUUACCAGUAAAGCAUAAAGACUAGGACUGUCAAAUGAUAUAAAAAGUAAUCAGAUUAAUACAUUUUCAAGUGAUGAUUCAUUACCAUUUGUAACUAUGUAUGACGUACGUCCAUUUUUAUAGUUUUAUUGGCAAAGAUAAAUGGCAGGACAGGAUUAUAUCUACUUGUAUGUACUGACAGCUCCAAAUGAACUGAAAAUUUAAAGCAAACUGAAAGAUAUGACACUUCUGAAAAUGUGUUUGCCUAAAACAAUUGUUUUAAUAGAAGAAUAUUUGCAAUAGAACGUGCAAUGAGGUGUUGCCUUCAAUGACAACACGCAAUACAAGUUGAAUUCACACGAUUUGUGUGAAUAUUCUGGAAAUUGAACUUAAACGCAGAAAAUUGAACUUCCGCAUUUAGAGUUACGAAGCAGGUUUUGUUCUGAGGACGAACGGAUUUGAGCCGCCUUUGUGAGUAAGAGAUAAAUAUAUGGUUUUGGCACUGCUGUUGAUGUGUUCUGGUCAGAAUAAAGUUAUAAGAGAGCGACACAUUCUGUGUGACUGUUUGGGACUACACCUCCUCCGCCUGGUCAGAACAGAGAGGUGCGGCUUGCCAUGGUGCGCGUGCGUUAUAUACGCAAAAAAAAAAGACCAAUGUUUACCGACGUGGGCUUUUUUUUUUAUAAACAGUAUUGCAUGCAUGCUGUACAUUUAUGCACAUGUAUUAUCACGUAUUCAUAAAUUACUUAGGGUGGAAAAAAAAAUUCUUUGACCAAAAAUCUACAAGUGGGCGGGGAGCCACUGUAGUGUCGUUUGAAAUGUGUGCGUCGAACUCACCUCACGGUUUGUUUAAAAUGCAUUGGUAAUAAAAACAAACAGACACAAUAUCAAAUAAAAAGCUUUUUAUAGUGAACUUUAUGCACACAAUAAAAACACUUUUUACCAACUAAAAUUUUAAAGAGGUUGAUCCAUUCUUUACAUAUUGUUUUAAGUUAAAGGACCACUUUUUUUUUUUAAUGUUUAGCAAUAAAUAUUCCAAAUUACAAUUUACAUUAUUUUACAACAGCGCAGCCAAUACUGAAAUUACCAUUUGUACAAAUAGCCCCCCCCCCCCCCCACCCCCCAAAAAAACAAAGAUUAAACAUCCUUUUUGAAGACCUUCAGUUACAUUUUAAAAAUAUAACAUGGAACGUUUUCAGAACCCCAAUUUCCCAUGUUCCCUUGCAAUAUUUAAAAUCCUGUCAAAAAUGUACAAAAAAAAAAUCACACUGGAUGUUGCUGUUAGAUGGACGUCUUGAUGUGACCGUGGACUUUGAAUUUGCAGUGAAGGACAAAGCAUUGACAUCACUAUAUAACUGUACUAUGCUAUUUGUAGUGACUUUGGCACAAGCGUUAACUUCCAUUAUCAGUCGACAUUGAUUGAACACAAACGUUUGAAAGUUAAUGUGGAGAUGAAGGCUAAAUUGCACUGACUUUAGUGGUGUUUAAAUCAAGUGUUCAGUUACAAAGACAAUAUCUGGAAGCACCUAAGACUUCACGUCCUUGCGUAAAUGAAAGCAUGAAGCUAACCAGUCUGUGCAUCCUGGAAUAUUUUCAGAUUCACACUGAAUGUACUGAAUUUGUGAUAUCAGCACCAAAUUGAAGUGUAGUCACUGAAAUCUUUAUAAGGGUCUCUGCCAUCCAAAGCUGCAUUUUGCAAUUAAAAAAAAAAACUGAAUGCAGGCAGCACAUGUCCGUACAAACUGAUAAAAGCAGAACUGAUGGAGAUGAAGCAGGUGUGAAAUGCAAGGUGACGUCUGAUAAACUGAAGAGAUUUUAGUGAGAAGCAUCUUUUCAUCAAUGUGGUGCCACCUUUUGUCACCAUAUGGGUUCUGAACUGCACAUUUUGGUGGAUUUGCACAUUUUCCGGGGAUGAAUGAUUAAGACACACACACAUAAAAAGCAGGAAAAGACUGUUCAGAUAUGGCAAAAGCAUUUUCCUGUACAUGAGGUUGCGUGUUUAAACUUUUUAAAGGGCAUUUCACCUCAGCAAGAUGUUUUUGUCUUUGAACAAUGCGGCUUAAUCCAACAUAAUUAUUGCACUUAAACAAAAAGGGCAGAGAUGGCUUUCGGUACUGGUCUGUUUCCACCAGUCCUCUUUCCUCUUAGGUAGCACGGAGCCUCCGCUAACUUCUUUCUACCAGAUGGCUUUAGGUCAGUAGAGCUGCUCCGUCUCCUCAGGGUGGCGGAAUGGAGGGCUCGGCCACGGCCAGCUCCUGAGCCAGGUCAUUGAAGCGAGCGAUGUAGUCCACGCUGCUCUCGCUCAUCAUGCAGGCAAGCUGAGAGUCCAUCUGCGGGAUCAACGGAGCCGCUUUGAAAGAGCACAAUGCAGCCGGACGAGCAACAAUGCAAAAAUAUGGCUGGAGCUUGAAUUCAAUAGGCGUCACUCUCACGGUUUAAUAUAUAUUUAUGAAUCACUGCUGUUUCACCGUUGAAUAUGACCACGUAUUACUCUUCAAUAUCAAUAUUUAAGUAUACUUGAGAUAUUUUUGCCUAAACUAAGCAUUUUCAAGUAUAAAAAUGACUAAGCCGUUGUGAUAUGUAGUAUUCCCCACUGGUCACUAGAUGGCAGUAAUGUUACAUUGUUGAGACAAUCUUCACAGCAGGAAGUACUGUACAGAAACCAGAAAAACAAAACAAAACAAAAAACAAGGAAGUCUCCCAAUGCAUGGUCUACAUGUCCCAUUUUCUCUUAAUAUGUCUACUACAUUUGGUAAUACGAGUGUAAAGGUGACUAUAGGGCUGUUUACUCUAUUUGCGAAAAUAUUUCAUUUCUGAAUAAGCGAUCCUACUUUGUGGAACCCGCGAUAGGGGUAAUUGGGAUUACUGUAGUAAUAGCUUGAGCCUAGAAAAGAAUCAUUCAAUUGUCAUUGUUUUCUACAAAUGUAAUUAAAUACAAAAAGAAUGAGUUUGACCUCACUGUAGGACAUUUGAAAUGAUUUGAUUUGGGUGUUUUGCAUGUGACAGCCAGACAAAAUCAAUGGGCUAAACAUACCUCUGCCACAUCAGGAAGCCCGCGGGACUGAAAGGAAUCAUGGGAGUUGCAGUCCAGGAGGCUGGGACCGAGCAAAGCUGUGCCACUGGAGGGGCCGGAUGGGGUGAGGGUGCUCCGCCUGCCCUUAUCAGGAGACACCAUGCUGGCUGGAAAGAAAUGACACGAGGAGACGUCACUACAAGUCUGCAGCUGGGUCAGUGUUAGUGAGGAAGAACAAUAAUGAUGCAGACUGCUAUUUCUUAAAGUAGACCAUGUUUGUUUUUAUCCGCUCUUAAGAGGAAAAGGUGCUCACAGAGAAGGCAUCCCAGCGUGGAGUCAGAGGAGUCACUGGGGUACCACUGGGGGUCGUGGCUGGGCGAAGGGAUCCAGCCCCGGGACGGGCUGACUGAGGGGGACGACGCCAACAGUUUGGAGCCGUCGCUGUUGGUCAGUUUGGCUGGAGAGAGUGCCGUAUCCUCCCCUGCAACCCAACAGCCAUCAGAUUACUCACACUAUCUACUCCUCAAUUUCUAUUCGCUGUCCUUCUCGCUGGCAUACCGUAAUGAGCAGAAUUGAUGGCGAGCUCGAUGAUGGAGUCGCUGAUGUGUGUUUGGUUCUCUCCAGGGGUCAGAGUCUCCUCAGGGGGCCCGGGGAGAGAGAUGUCCAGGAGUGAUGCGACACUGGGCGGAGAGAGGAGAGAGUCUCCACCGGGAGAUGGCGGAGGCAGACCAUUCUGUGGAAGCAGCAUCAGUUUUUAUGCACGGCAUUAAGCUGAGAUAGAGUUAUUUAGCUGCUACAGUACAGUUCCCUUAUAUUCCAUGAAUGCCUCUUUGACGGUCAAUCAAAACUGAGCAUCGUUAUCUUUAUGAUGGCAACAUUUUGAAUGCAAUGUCAUGUGUGUGCUUCCCUGACCUCUGACAAGUUGUGCUGCAGGAGCUGGGGGUCGGGUUCAGCGUCUACGAUAGGUGCAGAGGGGAGCAUGGGUCCAGGAGGUUCUGGCUCCUGACAGGGACUUCCAGGGAUGAUGCCAGCCGUCUUAGCUGCAAGGUCGAUAGCACCUGGAAUACAUGAAAUCAGUAUGAACAUUUAAUGUAAUUAUUACUAUGGUUUUCAAUAAUAUCACAAUAUUGUUUCAAUGUGCUGACAUUGGCUGUAGUCUACUAAAAUAUCUCCAUUACCCUCAAUUGAUCUGUUCCAUUAUAGCUAAAAACAUGGCACCACAACAUACUCAAAUGCAGACGCUAAACACGAUCUAAUCUAAUAAUUCCAACAGUCACUCUUAUUGCAAAUCUUGAUUUGAAAACCAAGAGUGGUUGGGGGGGGGGGGGGUGGAUGUUAUCUUAUAUAACUGUCAGGGAGCAGUCGUGCAUUACAGUUGUCCUCUGCUGGAUUACUAAUGCACUAAACGUGGGGGACCUCCAUUGUACGUUGGUGCGUCGUUUAACUGCCACCCGUAAAUACAAGCACAUUUCCCCCAUUUUAGCUUUGCUUCACUGGUUGCCCAUACAUUUUAGGAUUCAUUUUUAAAUUAUUUUGGUUUCAAAAUGUCCUCAAUGGCCUAGCCCCACCCUACCUCUCUGUGGAUACAUCCAUAUAUGCCUCCCUGUUCACUCAGGUCAGCUAAUCAGCUGUUCCUGACUGUCCCAAAGACAAAACACAAGCUCAGAGGGGGUCGUGCUUUUGCUGUGGUGGCCACUAAAAAGUGGAAUGAUCUACCACUGCACGUUAAACCAGCCUCUUUCCUGUCUGUCUUUAAAUCCUUGCUUGUAUUUUGUUUAAAGUUAGUUUUAGAUUUGAUUCUAGAUGUUUUAGAUAUACCUUGUUGUGCUUUUCUAUCUUUCUAUAUUAUUCCAUACAGCACUUUGGUCCUCUGUGGUUGUGUUUUAAAGUGCUUUGCAAAUAAAGCUGGACAGGAUUGGAUUGGCACCGACUUGGCUCUGAUCUACUUCUGCAUGUUUGUGUCAGUGUUUGAACUGAGAAGGCUGAACAUACUGGAAAGCUGGUUGGUCACUGCAGAGCAGGAGGCUGCUGGGGAAGAAGCUUUAGAUGGCAGAGGGCGGGAGGUAGGAGUCAGCCGCGUCUGAAUUGGCCGGAAAGACCCAGUUCCUGAGGCAAGAAACAUGAAGAGAAUCAGCAACUUGGACAAUUGUGACCCAGUCUGUUUAAGGGUAUAACCAGCAAUGUCACCCUCUGCUGCCAACUUAAUGUACCGCGGCCUCCAAGAGCUUAGUACCUGUGGCAGAGGAGUUGGAGAGGAUGGAGAAGGAACAGACAUGCUGAGGAGUGUCUCCUGUAGUUCGUGGUAGAAGAGUUCGCUGUAGGCAAAAAUGCAAAAAGCUCAACAUGACGUCCCAUGUGACAUGUUAGGUCCUGUGCAGUAGCAACGUCAAGAGCGUUUGGAAACUCACCUGGACAACAAGUGGCUUCCGGAGUUGUCUGUUUCGAGGUUUUCUUGGUCUUGAAAUAAAAAGAUCUGACUGCAUCUACAAAUAUAUAUAUAUAUAUAUAUAUAAAAAAAUUGAAUACUAUUCAAUAAGACUGCAUAAGGCUUUGUAAAAUGUAUGCUUCUUACACUGAUGGAGUCGAGCUGCUGCCUCAAGGCCAGCUCAGCCUCCUUG